GUUGCUGAGGGAGCUGAAGCUGGCUCAACAGCGCUGCUGCUUACAACAAGCGAUAACUCUUCGUCAUCCGCGUUACACAACGGCACCAAAGUAGGGCGUAAACUGUGACGGCUUAUUUCACGGAAAGGAUGCAAACGUGUUUGACGUGGGAAGAAAACGAAUCGAUAUUUCCACGUUGAGGACGGCAACUCUGUGUGUCAUCGUUAUUGGUGGUGCCGCCCGGUAACUUGUCCGUCGGUGAAGCUGCGCUGCACUUUAUAGUUAAAGUCGGGGGAAAAGACGGAGUCAACAGCCGCAUUUUCCGUGUGCCACGUCCUUUUCGCUCCUAUCAUCGCUGUGGACACCACGCGUUUCCACGACCUACGUGGCGCUUUCUAUACCAAAAGAGCGACGUUUUCUUACCUGGCCUCUUGCACCGACUAGCGAAAGAUUUUUCUUUCCUUCUUCUUUCCUCAAGCGACUUCCAGUCAUCCCAGCGCACGGAAAACGCACCGGACGUUUUCUCCUUUUGUUUUCUCUUCCAUCGGUCACGAACGUCGUCACUUCACAAGCCGCAAUUCCAAUCGUCUUCCCCAUUAAACGAAUGUGUGUGUGUGUGCCUUUGCAACGGAUCUUUCUUUUUUCUUUGGUUGAAGAGAGUUGUGUAGAGUGAAGGGAACUCUUGAGUGGUUCGUCGCAUAUUUAUUUCUCCCCUAUUUUAAAAAGCGGAUAUACGUAUAUCUUCAGGACAGAUUGCCCACAUUUCCGGUUUCAUAUUCUGCGCGGUUGCGUUGCACAUCAGGUGUUCAGCAUUUUAUCUUCGCGCUCUUCUCUCUUUUCUCUUCGCGGGCUUGCUUUCCUUCGCUUUGUGGACCCGAGUAUUGCCUUGAAGGAAAAAGAAGAGGAUUUGUGCGCACAUCUACACAGUGUUGUUCGUCUCAGCUUCCGCGACGCGUGGACGAGUACGCUUGGCAGGAAAAGCAUAUUUAUAUAUAUAUAUAAAUAUAAGCCGUGCGAUCAAAAGAAAUCCGUCUUUUGCUCGGCCGUUCUCGAACGCAUUAGGCAUCAUCGGACGUACAAACGUGAAAACGAAGAUGAUGCUAAUAAGGACGCUCGCGGUUCUUCUAGCUGCCAUCCUCUUGGCUGCGCAAUGCCAGGCUACAUUUGUGGCAGUGGUUGGUGGAUGCAGCAGCGGCACCGCCGGCUACACCGUCCACUCCUCUGCUGAAAACGACGAGGCGACGCAGUUUCUCGUUGCAAACAAUAUCCGCAGCGCCGUCCUCCCUGCCCACGUGUCAAGCGGCGUGCUCGCGUGGGACAGCGGAGACGCCAUCACGUGGCAGCCCAGCUCGUUUGUAGUGCCUGCGAACGGCAACUACCAAGUGCUGCUGCGGUACAACGGAAAGUGGGGACUCGCCUCCGGCGACGUGUCGUCUUUCACGUUUCUGUGCACUAGCGGCGGUGGAUCAGACACGACGACGACCACGACGACGACCACGUCGACCACGACGUCCACCACGACGACUCCCUUCCCUUCAUCCUCGGUCUCAAGCGACGAUGUCCCGCCCACCGCAGCACCCACCACGACCACGUCCACCACCACCAGCACCGCUGCUCCCGCGACCACCACGACGACCACCACGACGACUACCACUCCAACCCCACCCGCUGGGCCCACCGUGCCCUCUGUCAUGCAAGCGCUGAAGAACACCAUUUUCGAUGCGGUGACCACGAUCCGUGUGAUGGACUUCACGGCCAACGUCGUCUACCUGCCCGGCACUGCCAGCCUCGUCCAGAACCUGCGGACGCUAUGUACCGAGAACAGCGUCAUCGCACUGCGCUUCGGGGCGUCAGGCCCGGUCUCGGCUCUCCUGACAGACUCCACCACCGUCUCGGUUGGCUUCCACGUGCCAUACAGCCUGUACAACGUUUCGGAUAUCGCCAGCUACGCCCUGCACCUCGUGACGCUUGAUGGCACGGCCACGGCGACCGCCGUCACGGCGCAACUGCGCAUCAUGCCGGUCGUGACCACUCUACAGCAGAUGCACUCUGCCGUGACGAUCCGCGAGGAGGCGGGUGGAAGCUCCGACAAGAUCUUGACCACCGUCCGUUUUGCGGGCGAGGGGACGACGGUGCCGUACACCACCGACGUCUCUCUCGCCUUCACCUCUGCGCUUAGCUUCACAAUGAUCAACAACGGCGUUGUUGGAAGCGCGUGUAGUCCGUCGCCGUCGCCGCUGCCGUACUUCUUCACGCGCCACGACUUGCGAUUUGUCAUCCCUGCGUCGUACGUCAGCCGCGUCAACUCCGGCCGCAAGAGUAUCUGUGCAUCGUACAACGGCAGGAACACGGUGAUCGCCGCGCUCUCCAUACAAGGCCUCGGCGCCACCACCACGGCCGCCAGCUUUCCUGUCUCCGCGCCUAUUCCCGUGACGCUGCUGGGCGGCUCCACGACAUCUCUCGCCAAAGGCGCGUACACCGCCUUUGUGUCGUCGUCGUCGGCGUGCUCUUCUGUCACAGCGGACAUAUCACUUCUUCCUUUCAAUACCUUCCGCAGCGCCGUCGACACUGCUGGCACGCCCAGCGCGCUGCUCGUGACGACGGACGAGGCGCACAUUGGUCUCCACGUGUGCAUGCGUCGCGCUUUGACAAAGACGAAAUUCGCUGUCACGUACAACGGCGCACCUGUCACCAUCGUCCGCGCCGCCCCGGUGAGGACGGUCACCACCGCUGGCCUAGUCCUCACCAUCUUCAACGGCAGCAGCGGCUCGGUUAAUUUGACGGAGUUCAUCCGCGCCCCUGCAGACUCGACAGAGGUGGAAGCGUACGCAGCGGUGAGGGCCACAUUGGCGCAAAAUUACGUCGCCGUCCGCUUCGUUCCGGUCAAGGCUGGCGCCGCGGCCACUGCAGCCGCGCGUGCAGCCGCUUGCCAACAAGCGAAGUCGGCUGAGGCGACGCAGGGUGUGUCGAACAGCGUGAUGCAGGUGUCCUACCCCUUGUACCUCCGGCAGGCGUACGGUGUGCUGUGCGCCGCCCAGCAGUACUUGCGCGUCGACUACGUGGUUGUGCAGCCGGACCACUGGCUUGUGUCUGUGGCCGGAACGACGCAGUUCACCUCGCACACUUUUGUGCUCUCCUCCGGCCCGAGCCAAGACGCGGCCCCCAUCACCGUGCACAGCGGCACGUCCUCGUCGGCCGCCACCAACAUCGCCGUCCGCUUCUCCGCAGACGGCAGCUGCGCCUACGGCCACACUUCCCCCAUCAGCUCCUACGGCACUCAGCAGUUCAUCACCUACCCGACCUCCUCUUUGGGCGUCUACACAGUGUGCGCGGGCAUUUACAGCCUGCCGGGGACUUCGAUGUUCGUGUCUACCGGGGCCACCGUCUCCAUGGCGCCGUACGAGUUGGCCCGCAGCAACUGGCUUCUCGACGCCGGCAUCGAGGGCAGCGAGUGGACGCCGUGCGGCAGUGUGUCGAUGUGCGGCCUUCACACGGAGCAGAAGUACAUUCAGGUAUGCAACGGUGCCGUGAAUACCAACGUCUGGCCGGCGCGUCUCGACGGCGCCUUCGAGCUCCCUGGUAGUCUGACGGUGCGCAUGUCCGGCAACCUAUACGAGGCGGCGGCACUGGCGCUGAUGAACCACGUCUACGUCGCCAUCGACGCGGCCUCUUCGCAGUGCCAGGAGUUCGGCGUGUGGGCGAUAUCAGCCGACGACGGUGCCUCCUACGGGCCGGGCGCGGUAGUGCUCGGUAACCACCCGCAGGUGGCGCUGACCCCCUCCACGGAAGUCUCCGGCGUAGCGGUCGGCUUCGUGCCGUGGGACGCGCCGUGCCAGGACCGCCACUCCGGGUCUGACGUGAUGGUGGCCCGCAACGCGGAUGGGGUGUCGGUGAUAGACAUGAGCAACUUCCUCUACACAAAAACGGAGGCCUACUACGCUGUGUGUACCUACAACGGGAUCAACUGGGCCCGUAUCACCGACACCUACAUCAAGGUGAUCAGCGGCGUCGUGAAGGUCUACCGCGCCGAGGCGAUCAACACCGGUGAUACGGUGACGAACCAGAACCGCAUUCACCUCUACCAGACCCAGACAGCGAUUUGGUCGGUCAUCGGAACUUUUAGGUCGUCGGCGGACAUGGUGUUCGAGCUCGUAUGGAACGACGAGACGUGCACUGCUAGCCCCGCGUACGCGACGGCGCUCACGUAUGUGUCGCCCAGCACCGCCAACGUCACAGUCGAGGCGUCGCUGAUCGCUGCGGCACCCGCGGAUGCUGCCAACGCUGUCCUCUACCCUUGCUACGCCCUCGGCACCUCUAGCGCCACAGCGUCGCCUCUGCCCUUUGAGCAGCACCGCCACCGCUCCGUCGUGGUCACGCAGCUCACCCUCGCCUCCCUGUACUACCUCCCGGAGUUCGCCCUCUCUUAUGCCGCGCCGGAAGACACGCGGGUGCUCUUCACCGACCCCGCGAGCCCACCCAUCACGCGUGUAGCACUGCACAAGGGGAGCAGCCGUGACGACACACCGCAGUGCGGCGCCGCUCCUGACAUGGCGGCCGUGCUGACGGUGGAGACGGACGACUUGGGCCAGCGCUGGAUCACGAUGCCCGCCACCUUGACGCAGAGCCUUGCCGCCGGUGCGACGGAUGAGGUCUUUGUGAAGCUGUGCGCCACCGCCUCCAGCAGUAUCGACCCUGCGUUCGUGGCAGUGGACGCCUUCUUCGUCCUGAACAGGGUCGGUACCAGCCUGACGGACGCCCCGAUGGCGCUGCGUCUGUCCUUUCUCCCGUUGAACACCUCGACGGACCUGUUAGAGUACGCGGUGGGCAAGAAGGAAUUGGUUAAGUACGCCUCUAAGGUGCUGAAGGUGCCGGAGGCGACGGUGCUGGUCGCUUCACUCGGCAACAACGCCUUUGAGCUUUUUAUCCACCCCACGCAGGCCACCGGUGCGGCACCCCAGUCGACGGAAGCACCGACGCAGCAGCUCUACAGCUUGCUGAAGGCAGACACCGAUCUCCCCCUCUACGCGUACAGUCAGGAGAACACCUCCGCCGUGUUUGCGCUGGCCACCGUAGAGGGCGUGCUGCUCGCGGACCAAAGCCCCAUCGCCGCGUACCCGGUGCGCGGCCUGAAGACGUCGGGCUCGAGCACGACCGUGAACAGCCUCUCCGGGCUGAGCAUCGCCCUCUUCUGUGUGGUGGUCGCCCCGACGACGGUGGGCUUUGUGGCCUUCUCGGUACAGCAGACCCUUCCGACCCUCACCCGCUCCAAGGGGGACAAGAAGUCGCAGGUGUACCCCGAGGCGGGCGACUCGCCGCCGCCGCGCAAUCCCGGCGGUGCGGGCGACAAGGAGAUGGAGGAAAGCAGCCCGAAGAAGGAGGAGCCAAUGAGCGACAUUCCGCUUUCCGUUGUGCCACGCGCAGAGGACACGGCAGCCAACCCGCUCUACGACUCCGACGACGAGCCGCCGACGCGGCAGGCGAAGGACAUGGGCAGCUCGCCACCGCUGCGCAACGAUACGUUUGCCAUGGAGAACAAGAAGCCCGCGACGCGCUCCUCCGCGAGCGAUGACGACCUGAAGUAG